AUGAGAUAUAAGUUUGGCUUUGCUUUUCCAACUAAAAAGAUAUUAAGCGACAUUAUAAUGUUCAUUAUCAAAACCUUUAUUCAAUAAUAGAACUUCUUUCCUUUUCUUACAAGAUUCACACUAACAAAUAAAAUAAUAGGUAUAAUCAUUCCAUAGAUGAUCAAUAGAGGCUGCAAUAAAGACCAAAGCAACUAAUAGAACCACAAAGGUUGUAAAUUAGGGUUCUUUGCAUAUAAGCAGUCUAUAGAUUUACUGAUAGCUCCUAAUGGAUUACCUGAUAUUUACACAGGUACUGAAAUAGCCAUAAAACUGUUAAAUAAGCUACAAAUCAAAGAAAGAAUUUGCAAAUGA